CUUUUUUUCUCUGUAAUUUGUUGUAUCAUAUAUUAAUAUCAUUGAUGUACUUCUAAAGAAAUAAAAUCGAAUCCUAACCAAUCGGUAUUGCAAACGACAUGCACAUCAUACUCGACUGACGUCUUGUCAAUGUUUAUAACAGUACCACAAUGAUCGUUAUUGUGAUCCUUAUAACAUAAAUUUCUAUUAAACGUAUCAACACUUUCAAUCUAGUCGUACACUUUCAAUAAAAUAUCAUCUUAUGUCAUGCGCAAAUAUCAAAAUUUAAGUAAUUGUCAAAUUCUGUAAUUCUCUAUACUAAAUAACCAUUUUUCAUCAAAAUUUAAACCAUGUCUUGUCAAAAGAAAGUAUCUGAUGGAAACAAGAACAUAAAGAGCAUUUAUGCAAGAAGUAUUUUUGAUUCAAGAGGUAAUCCUACCGUGGAAGUUGAUCUUAAAACAGAUAUAGGUAUGUUUAGAGCUGCUGUUCCCUCCGGCGCCAGUACUGGAGUACACGAAGCUUUAGAACUCAGAGAUGGCACAAAAAACUUGUAUCAUGGUAAAAGCGUUUUUAAAGCGAUUGAGAAUAUCAACGAUAUAAUCGCGCCGGCUCUUCUGGAAAAAGAUUUCGAUGUACUUGAACAAGAAACGAUAGAUAAGUUCAUGAUAGAUCUCGAUGGUACUGAAAAUAAAUCUAAAUUAGGAGCGAACGCGAUAUUAGGUGUGUCUUUGGCCAUUUGUAAAGCCGGAGCUGCUAAAAAAGGUAUUCCUCUGUACAAACAUAUAGCCCAGUUAGCUGGCAAUAAAAAUCUCAUUCUUCCUGUUCCUGCUUUCAAUGUUAUUAACGGCGGAUCUCAUGCUGGAAACAAAUUAGCUAUGCAAGAGUUUAUGAUACUUCCUACUGGAGCUACUUCGUUUACAGAAGCGAUGCGGAUGGGAAGCGAAACCUAUCACCAUUUGAAGAAAGUCAUUCAUGAAAAAUUCGGUUUAGAUGCCACUGCUGUAGGUGAUGAAGGAGGGUUUGCUCCAAAUAUAGACAGUGCAGAGGAUGCUUUACAACUAAUAGCAACUGCUAUUGACAAGGCCGGAUAUACGGGAAAGAUAGAAAUCGGUAUGGACGUGGCAGCUUCUGAAUUUUUCAAAGAUGGUUUAUAUGAUUUAGACUUCAAAAAUCCAAAUUCAGACAAGUCCAAAUGGAUCGAUGGCAAUACUCUAUUCCAAACGUAUCAGUCGUUUAUAAAUAAGUUUCCUAUAGUAUCUAUUGAAGAUCCAUUCGAUCAAGACGACUUUCCCACUUGGAAACAAAUGACUUCUAGUGUCCAAAUCCAAAUUGUAGGUGAUGAUCUUACCGUUACUAACCCAAAGAGGAUUCAAAUGGCUGUAGACGCUGGCGCUUGUAACUGUUUGCUAUUGAAAGUUAACCAAAUUGGAUCCGUUACCGAGUCAAUACAAGCACAUCAAUUAGCAAAAAGUAACGGAUGGGGUACAAUGGUAUCACACAGGUCGGGAGAAACCGAAGAUACUUUUAUAGCUGAUUUAGUGGUAGGGUUGUCAACAGGGCAAAUUAAAACCGGAGCACCUUGCAGAUCCGAACGUCUUGCUAAAUAUAAUCAGAUAUUGAGAAUCGAGGAAGAGCUAUGUAAAUCAGCGAAAUAUGCCGGCAAGGAUUUCAGAAACCCAAAUUGAAAAUGACAUGAUAUUUAUCACUUUUUUAACUUUCUCGUUUAUUACAAUUUUGGUAAAAUAAAAAGAUUCAUAUAUAAA